AUGUCAACUGAUAAGCCGUGGUCGUACGACACAAACUCUUUAACUUUACAACGCUAUCUAUUAGCGGAACAAAGCCUAUACCCAAAGGCAAGCGGCGAAUUAACAAAACUUAUAACAUCCCUACUGAUAGGAUUCAAGUCUAUUUCGAGUGUGGUACGUAGAAACGGUUUCUUAAAUCUUCAUGACAUUACAGCGAAGACCAAUCAAGUAGAGGAGGCCAAAAAUCUGGACGUUCUUAGUAAUGAGAUUCUUAUUAACAUAAUAACAUCGUCAUUGGCUUGUGGGGGGAUGAUUUCACAAAAGGAUGAUGCCGUGGUUAAAGUUGAUGAAAUAAAAACGGGAAAUUAUAUACUUUGUUUCGACCCGCUAAACGGAUCCUCGGAUAUUGAUUGUAUGCUACCUAUGGCUUCGAUUUUUGGUAUUUGGAGAAAGCGAACCGAAGGCAUGACCCCCGCCACAAAAGAGGAUUUCAUUCAACCGGGAAGGUGGCUGGUGGCUGCCGGUUAUUGUAUCUACGGGUCUGCCACAAUGGUGAUCAUUUCCACAGGGAGCGGCGUAGACGGAUUCACACUUGAUGCG